UAUCAUUAUUAUUACAACUAAUCUGUGUUUGUAAAAGUAGAAAGUCCAAAACUGCCAAACCCUAAAUAAUUGAUCAGCGAAUUUGUCUUCAGCGGCUUCCAUUUUUUUAACCUUUGAAAAUCAGCAGCCAUCGCAGACAAGCAAACUGCAUCACCUACUUCAGACACUACGUCUGACAAUCGGAUACAAAUCGGUUAAAAAGCAAUCAAAUCAGAGUUUAUAAAAAUGGCUGAUUCAUUUUGCGAUUAUGCGGCAAUCACACAAUGCUACUCAACUACGUGUAAUAUCGCACGUGCUGCUCACAAUUUGUAUCACCGUCUUUGCUGUCUGCACGUUUUGUUUAAACUCCUGCUUAUUAGAGAGUUGCAUUGAUUACAAAGGAAUUACCUGUUUUCUGUCUACUGUUGCUGCUGCUGCUGUUACUGCAAAUUCAGAGCUACACAUAAUUGGUGGUGACAACUCAUAUAUUUCCAAGAAACAACGAACGCCGCCAUUUCGUUUUGCCAGCAGUGAUACCAACAAAACUAUUUUCUCAACUAAAACAUUAACAAAUGCCGGGCCCAGCAGAAAUAAAAACCAAAAGAUCCUUCGAAGCCGUCAUCGAUCCCGAGAACCCCCGCCGCUCCAGAAAGAUACCCACUGCCUAGUCUCAUCGACCGGUGCAACCGAUACCCUCAAAAACCAACAAGCGUGCUCCAGAUUCGUUCACUGCGGCUUGCGAAUUCACUUGCGGCCACCACCGCUCGAUCGGGAUCCGGACUGCUGCUGGUUACCCGAACGGUCGGGUGCGGACUGGUUGCCUCUGGAGGCGUCGCGCAUGGUCUGGGAGGCCUGCGAACCGGCCUUGUCGGUCGCAGACUGGACCUGCGAGGCGGCCUGGUGGACAUCACGGGGAGCUGACAUUGUUGCUGGUAGUUGUAAUGAUUUGAAGAGAGAUUAUGUCGAUUUUGUUUAUUUGCGAAAGGGCGAUCGAGAGGUACGAGGAGAAGAAGAUGAGAUCGAGGUGACCAGAGCGCCCUUCUUAUACACCUUCCUCUACAAUGACGACGCGGGCAAUCACAGAUCGAGAAUGACGAAAUUAAUGACACUAUCGUGUGAUUUCCUGGUCGGUUUAGGUAUCACGAUGGUGAUGAAGAUGAUGCCUGCAUUGUGUUGAUACACGUGGCGGGCAUGCUUCCCCGCCCUUGACGAUGUGCCUUGUGUGAUGCCAGUUACGCUCACGUUUCUCCAGGGAUCAUUGUCACCGCCAGUCUGCGAAAGAUUUGAGAUCUGACGCUGUAGUUGUCGACGUGAGUUGUGUCAUUGUGAUGGACUAUGUGAUCUUCCUGAUUAGGUAGUUAUAGAGCGAUCUAAGCAGCAGUAUGCGCUCUUCAGCUACAGCGAAGCUUUGGUCGAGGACACUUCUAAGAAACUAGGGUGGAGGGUCGU